CCAACCCUUCCUUAAAUAUCAGCUUUAAAUUUAUCAAAGCUUACACAACUCAAUAAUCUCUCUCUCGAUCGUCUCUCCAUUCUUUCUCAGUACUGCAUUUUCUUUGAAUCCAUACUCUUACUCCUACACUCCUACUAUCUAUCAUGGGUAAUGACGUGGUCAUGGUGGAUGAAAUCCCAUUUCCUCAGCAGAUCACCACCGCAAAGCCCUUAUCUCUGCUGGGUUACGGAAUUACGGACAUUGAGAUACACUUUCUCCAAAUUAAGUUCACAGCAAUUGGAGUUUACUUGGAACCUGAAAUUGUGGGGCAUCUGCAGCAGUGGAAGGGCAAACCUGGCAAUGUCGUAGCUGAAGAUGAUGACUUCUUUGAGGCCCUUAUUUCAGCUCCAGUGGAGAAAUUUCUGAGAAUUGUGGUGAUUAAGGAGAUCAAGGGUUCCCAAUACGGAGUGCAGCUAGAGAGUUCGGUGAGGGAUCGAUUGGCUGCUGAUGACAAGUAUGAAGAUGAGGAGGAGGCAGCAUUGGAGAAAGUUGUUGAAUUCUUCCAGUCUAAAUAUUUAAAGAAAGAUUCUGUCAUCACAUUUCAUUUUCCAGCAACUUCUGGUACCGCUGAGAUUGCUUUUUCGACUGAAGGGAAGGAGGACUCAAAAAUCAAAGUGGAGAAUGCAAAUGUGGUUGAGACAAUCAAGAAAUGGUACUUGGGAGGGACUAGGGGGGUGUCUCCUUCAACCAUAACCUCAUUGGCUAACACCCUUUCAGCCGAGUUAUCUAAAUGAACAUCUGUUGUCUUAAUAUGAACUUUGUGGUGCUUGUUUGCUAGUCUAAUUUGAGCUUUGUCAAUGAAAAAUCAUGCUUGCUAUGUUUCUCUACCAAUAAUAUUGCAUAUAAUAUGAGUCUCCUUUUUAAGUUUUUAAGAAUAUUAUGAACUUAAAAGUUGCUUACUUUUUGUU